AUGAAUGCAAGUGAAGCUAGUAAUGAUGUAAGACUCGCUGUAACUAGAGCACUUUACAAUGCUCUUGGUUUUGCUCAAGCAAAUUUCACCAAUGAAAUGGAACGUGAUUAUAUUAUGAGAGUUGUUUGUGAAGCAACUUGUCUUGGUUUAGUUGCAAGAACAGUAGGAAAUGAUAUUGUUCCACUUGUGAUGCCUUCCAUUGAAGAAAAGAUAACAAAACCAGAUUGGAGACAAAGGGAAGGAGCUACUUAUGCUUUUGGAUCCAUCUUAGAAGUCAUGGCGACUAUGGUUCAUGAAGGAUCUUAUUUUCAUGAGGCUCAAUUUGAUUCAAAGAUGAAAGAGUUGAGGAAGUGUUCAAGGCAAGAGGAGGCUGAAGGAGGCUUGGAGCAAGGAGCUUUGUUUGGAUUCGAGUCUCAUUUCAGUUGGGGCAUUCCUUUGAGGCGGUGGAGGGCUCGAGAUUCAAGUGUGGGGAUAUCUGCUUUCUGCUUGCCAGGUUUCUUUCAGUAUCACGGGACGGCACCGGCUUGA